AUGUAGAGACCAGGGGGCAUCAUAUGCUUCAUUUUUCUCAGGUUUGUUGGCAGGCUUGGUAUUUCUUGAUCCCUGAACUGCUCUCACACUUAGCCUUGUAGCCUAAAUAAGUGCUCCAGUUUUAUUGCAAAAACUUUCUACUUAGGUUUUCACUGCUGCAACAAGCAGGGACUCUAAGUUACCUUGCGAUAUCAUACAUAUGAGCUGUGGAAAUAGUAAGCCUGUUCUGUGAUAUUUUAGGUCUUUACUUGGUAUUAUAUGAUUGACUUUUGCAGAUUUGGUUUGUGAAUCCCAGCGCUGUCAACUUACUCAUGCAUAUUGCUUUAUGGCGCCAGUUUUAUUGCAAAAAGGGGACUUUCACUGGACACUCCCCUAAACCCUUGGUCGUGGAUGUCUGCGUCUCUGAUUGGUUGUGACGCCCCAACCGACAACACCUGCUUAACUCCUUCAUCCAAAUUGACACCCGGGGCUCUGAGAAAUAUAGGCAGCAUCUCUUCCAGCUCAUGCAUUCAGUCCCACAGCUGCCCCAUAAGACACUAAGCCGCAACUGCGCUGAUCCAAGGUGAAUCCUCACACACAUACACAUACACACACACACGCACACACACACAUAUUCGCGCACUGCCGGGGAUCCUUGCUGGGAAUCGAAGCACACCGUUGGAAACGCAAUGUUGGUCAAACUGGCCGUGGCGCUGCUGGUUUUGUCAGUGUUGGAGCAAGUAGUGGGAUCGGAUAAUACUGAUGUUCAUGACAGCCCCCCGGAGAAGCCUGCGAGCCAGAAAGGACGCCUCUCCCUGCAGAAUACAGCUGAGAUCCAGCACUGCCUGGUGAGUGCAGGGGAUGUCGGCUGUGGUGUGUUUGAGUGCUUUGAGAAUAACUCCUGCGAGAUACGAGGGCUACAGGAAAUCUGCAUGACGUUCCUGCACAACGCUGGCAAAUUUGACUCUCAGGGGAAGUCCUUCAUCAAGGACGCUCUGAAAUGUAUGGCACAUGGGCUGCGGCACAAGUUCAGCUGUAUCAGCAGAAAGUGUGUGUCCAUUAAAGAGAUGGUGUUCCAGCUCCAGAGAGAGUGCUAUAUCAAACACAACCUGUGCUCGGCCGCGAAGGAGAAUGUGGCCGUUAUGGUGGAAAUGAUCCAUUUCCAAGAUCUCUUCCCCAAAGGUCCAUAUGUGGAGCUGGUGAAUAUUCUUCUGAGCUGCGGAGAGGAGGUGAAGGAGGCGUUGACACGGAGUGUCCGGCUGCAGUGCGAGCAGAAUUGGGGGGCUCUGUGCGACAGCCUGAGCCUCUGCUCCUCCCUCACCCCGUCUCCUGCCGGCGCCACCACCGAACAUCACCGCCGCAACUUACCCUCCCACCCUGAACCAGAGCACCCACGUCCACCACGGCAAGGCGAGAAGGAAAAACCUGCUAAGGCAGGCUUCAACACUCACCCACGCAACCGCAGUCAGGGACUUCGUCGCCAGAGUCCAGAGGCCGGACUGGUGGCUGAGCAGGAAGACCCCGAGGCCACCGACAUCCGAAGGUGAAAGUGCAGGAGUCUGUCCUGACCUUUGACCUCCUACAACAUUUGAAAAACCACACUUGCAGACUUAUGCACACCUCCACACACACACACACACAUACACACGCACGCACUUACACACAAACUUCUCUACACACACACGCAAAUUUCCAGACAGACUGAGCAGAAGGAAACAAGACCCAAUUUUUCCUGUCCUUAUUCCACCCUCUCCAGUCAUUCCAGCAGUCCCACAUGGUAACCUGCAGGGUAAAUGUGGUGUAGGUUGUACUGUUAUGCCAGACUGUAGGCCGUGAUUUUUUUUUUAAAUGGAAUAAUAAUUGUUUAUUAUCAUUAUUAUUUCAUCUGUUAGGACUAUUUUGGCUCUAAUAUAGCAUUUCUCAAAUCAUACUUACUGUAAGAUUUGAUUAUAUUUGUAUUAUUUAUUUUAUUCUUUAUGCAAUGUUGAAAUAUCAAAAUGUACAUAGAAAUAUAAUUAUCUAUAUUUAUAUAAACAUGUAUAAAUAUAGUUACAAUAUGCAAUACUGAUAUACUAUAGAUGACACAGUAUGCGGUGUGCUGUCUCUUGUGCUCUUCACAGUAUUGCACCCAUCACAUAUUGGUCUGUAGAUAUGUAACAUAUGCCAUUUGUUGUUUCAGAGCAGGAAUGUGUAUUAUAAUUAGAGAUACUUGAUGACUAAAUACAAAUUGUACAGAUUUCAAGUCCAGUUCUGGCACAUAUGAAUUGUAGUGCAUGAUGGUCACAAAGCCGACAAACGUGUGCGUUCUUAAAGUGAAAAUCCAUUUUAAAGAGGAUGCAAAUGUCCUACUAUGAACAUGAAUGGAUGUAUUGACAGGUCUCUCACAAAGCUAGAAAUAAGAGAACCCAGAUAAUGAGAAGGAGACAAGCAGGUUCAUAGACUCUUUUUGUUUCAUAGUGCAACUCUGACAUGUACGAUAUCCUGUUUAGAUACAGGAAAAUGCCACAUCUCGCUCAUUCAUCAUUAAAGGAGCCUCAGAAACUGUGUCUCAGUGACAUCACAGAUUAAUGACACGUGAAGUUUCAGGGGACAUUAUUGCUCUUGUUCACAAAUAAUAACUGAACAGUCAAAUGGUCUACAUUCUCUUUGAGUUUCUUUUCCAUUCAAAUGUGAGCUGUCAGUGAACUGCAACAAAAAGAGGAGGCUCUGUCAAGUUCUGAUGCUAAGUCCUCUCCAAUGUAAAAUCACACACAUCAAGGUGCCUAAACUUGUUACUGUCCCCAGUGACCGUUUCUCUGUGAUUUAAGUGAAUCGAUAAUACUGUGUCAAGGGGAGAUUUAAGUGUUGAGCUAUUUUACGAUGAUGCUGAGCCACAAAAGUCUUAGAUUUUGCAUUUCAGUUGAAUGUCAAUUUGUUCUGGCUCCCUCUAAUCAGGAACUGCCCCCUAAUCAGACGUUACUGUAAAGGAUAUUUCAUUUGAGCAACCCUGGUUACUUAACUAACUGCAUCAAGUCCUGCAUCCCCACAUGCUCCUUUGGACCAGAUUGAGCCCCUUUUUUUAGAAGAGCAACGUUACCCUUUUGUGGUGUCCCAGUGGGCAGGAAAAAGGCUUGACAGAAACCUUCCAGAUCUCUGGCCCUACUAAAUUAGACCUUAGUCCUCUCUGGUCUCUUACCUAGGUCAGGAAAGAAAAUGAAGGCCUGUUAUUCUACCCGUUAGAGCCGCAGGCAACGCAACAAGGACCCAGGAACUGGGUUAAGUCCACACACGGGGGCUCUGGUAGGGUGCUGUUAUUCUAAAUGUUAUAUUUACCAAGGCCACCAGAGAAUUCCUCUGGGCCACAGCCAAGAGCCAGCAACACAGAAAGGCAGAGAGGAGUGGAGAGACUGAGAAGGAGAGAGACAUGCUCAACCUUUUUUUUUUAAUGUGAUGAUUCACUCUGUCUUCACUUCUCCUCGUACUCUCCUUCUCUUCCUCUGUUAGGUUACAGACACAGACUUUUGACCAUUUCAGGUCAGUCACAUGCUUUAGCUGUGCAAGAGCAGUUUCUGAGCACGGUACACCACAUGCUGGGGGGCUAUUGGUGAAAAAUAAAAUACAACAUGCUCAGAUUUUGUGGCUCAGUUGAGGGUUUGUAUAAACUCUUAACACCCCCCCCCCCCCCAAUUGUAAGGUAAUGAUGCUUUUCUUCCUAGUCUUUAAGUUUUCGGCACUAUAAUAAUCUCCAAGGGUUUCAAGCACCAGUGAGCUUUUCAGACUUUUCUUUUUUAAUUCUGUUGUGGAAGUUGGGAUUCCUGUGACAUCCCAGCAUGAGACAUAAGCUAAUCCUAUUGAGAAUGUACUGUAUGUGUGUAAAGUGACAAUCUGUUUCAGCUCUCCGUUAUUAGGUUUGAUAUGGCUUUUUGUAAUAAUGCAGUGGCUUGAAUUGCUGUUCUUUAUGUGUUCAGAGGAAAAUAAAACUAACCACAUUUCCUGUAUUGUAAGCGCCCCAUCACCACAUCAUGUAUUUUCCUCUGUUAAGCACAAUGACUCUGCUUUCACUGUUGAAAAUACAGAACAUGGUCUAGAAGUUUGUAACUCACCUGUAAGACAUUGGGAAUUAUCCUAUAAGUAUCUUUGGACUCAUGAAGUCAUAUGUAUCUUGUUAUCAUUAAAAUAUGUUUGUCUGUA